AUGUCGACAUCGACCAACCCUUCAAAUGGGCGAACGCCAACCGCACCUAAUGGCGCCCCUCCGAUGAGAAUGCGUCGCCCGAAAGCCGCCGACCCCUUAGUUCGCCCUAAAAGAAGACCAAUCAGACCUACAGGAGCUGCACCUACAGCAGGCAAAACUGCUAUAAAGACACUUCCCACACGCCCCCCACCCAACGCUCAGCCGUCGUUGUCGCAGGCGUUCGAACGGCCCGGACCAGCUCCUGUCCAGGGAGAUCAAGCCGCCAAUGCAUUUAGCGGCCCCCUUAUAACCCAAAACUACGUUGAUUACCCCGUGGUCACGACCAAACGAGCUAUCCGAGAAGGACUGAAGCACCAUAUCGCUCGUUUCGCAGCUAAACGGAUUGUGGACCCACGCGAUGAGUCUCAGUUCACGCGACCGGUGAGGUUACAGCGUCGAGACCCGCGCUCACGGAACCAGGAGCACCAUACGGAAAGAUCCUUUGGACCAGAUGGGCAACAACUUGAUGAGGCGGACCGGGAAGCACAGGAUGCUAGAAGAGCUGCGCGCGAGAAAGAACGAGCGGAGAAUUUGGCCCAGAUUGCCCCAUCAGUGGGAACAUCUGCGAAGCGACAAAACAUACCCAAGCAGAAGACACAGCAAGUUUUCAAGUCCGAUAUGACACGCGAGGAAAUCGCAAGAGCACGGAUCAAGUACGAAGAAGCUCUACCAUGGCACCUGGAGGAUUUCGAUAAUCAAAAUAUCUGGGUUGGUAACUACGAAGCUGCUUUAUCUGAGACACAUGCGGUAUUUGUUCUAGACAAUGGCAAGAUGCGCAUGAUACCCGCGGAAAAGUGGUAUAAGUUCAGCGCCAAGAGUCAAUUCAAGGCAUUGACGAUUGAAGAAGCAGAGAAGUUCAUGGCGAAACGAAUCAAGGAUCCUCGGUGGUUUAUGGAAAAAGAAAAGGAGGUGGCCGAGAAAAAGGAACUGGAGCAGUAUGCCAAGUCGCGCAAAGUCUACGCUGGCAAAAAGGGUGUUUCAGCUGGAGGAGGAGAAGGGCUAGAGGCUGGUGAAAUGGACUUUGAAGAGGACCGAUUUGCCGACGACGAAGAACAUGACGAUCUCUUUAAUGACCAGGAUGACGAAGCGAAAGACGCCGAGAAAAGAAUUAAGGAGGAUCAAUUAAAGGCAAACGUGUUCGACCUGAAGGAUGAGAAGGACUACGAGAAAGAAGAAAAGCGCGAGAAAAUGGAGAAAGAGGCUCGCCAUAAGCUGGGAAAGAAGAUGCGCAAGGCACUCAAGAAAAGAGAACGAAAUUUCGACUACUCCAGCGGCUCGGAGGCCAACCCAUACAGCUCGGAAGACGAAGAGAGUUCCGACGACAGUGAAACCGAACGCUUGAAGGAGGAAGAACGAAAAGCAGAGGAGGAAAAGAAGAAGAAGGAAAAGGAAGCAGCUUCUGCUAAAGGCAGUACAACACCUUCGGGUCGACCGAAGCAUGUAGACUCUCUUAAGAAGUCUGGGAUUCUCAAGCGAUCGGGUUCGCCCAACGCCUCAGACGCCAGCGGGACUGAUACGUCCCGAAAGAAGGCUAAAAGCAAGCACUCUUCUCAUCCAACUCCAUCAACUUCUCGCCCUAUGUCUCCGUCUACUGUACAGGCUGGAAAGAAACGGGUCCGCAACAUUCCACUGGGUGGAUCUGGGUCUGGCAGUGAACUUGACGCUGGUGUUGGAUCUGGAGCUGAGAUCAGCGAAAGUGGCAAAACUAAGAAGCUGAAGCUCAACCCACCUGGUACCUCUCGAGGGGGUACACCACAGGGCUCUCGGGCAGCAAGCCCCGUUGCAGGUGGCCGGAGCUUCUCUGGAAGUCGCGCUAGCAGCCCCGACGGAGGUCGCCCAGGACGAGUAUCUACACCCGUUUCCGCUGGAGGUAUGCCUUUCCCGUCAGAGGCGGAGAUUCGUGCAGCGAUCCCAGCAACUGGUAUUCUCAGUAGUGAUCUUCUUCGCGUUUUCCGGCCUCGCAUUGGCGAAUCUAAGGAAAACCACCGCCGUUUCAUUGGAAUUGUCAAGGGGGUCAGUGUCUAUGGCAAGGAAGACCGAAUGCUUCGGCCAAUUCCUCCGGCUUAG